GUAAUAUUUUGCAAGUAUACUGGCGAGUGGUGGCGACUAGCAUAAAAAAGGAAACGGAGUUUGUUCUUAUAUGUAGAAAUAGAAAGAACAAAGAAUAGAUUAAAAACAGUCACGGUAUUCCGGUCUCGGUGUGAUGGAGGAGGGAUUGAAGCUGCAGCAGAGGCACGGGAAGGCAAGGGUGAGAGUUGCCCGGGUAUGGAGAGAAGAAGGAGACGGCGGCGGCGGCACACAUCACUUCGCCGAGUGGAACGUCAGCAUAAGCCUCCUCUCCGAUUGCCUUCCCGCCUACAUCGCCGGCGACAACUCCGAUAUAGUCGCCACCGAUACCAUGAAGAACACCGUAUAUGCUAAAGCCAAGGAAUGUUCCAAGCGACUCUCAGCAGAGGACUUUGCUAUUGAGCUGGCCAGGCACUUCACUUCAUAUUAUAGGCAGGUCACUGCUGCUAUCAUCAGGAUAGUAGAGAAGCCAUGGGAAUGUGUCAACGUGAACGGCCAGCUACAUACACAUGGUUUUAAGCUUGGGUCUGAGAAGCACACUACUGAAGUGCUCCUAGACAAAUCCGGCGGAUUGCAGGUUACAUCUGGUGUUGAGGGUUUAGCAGUGCUGAAGACAACAAAGUCAGGUUUUGAAGGGUUCAUAAGAGACAAGUACACUAUCCUGCCUGAAACACAAGAAAGGAUGUUGGCCACAGAGGUUACAGCAUUGUGGAGGUACUCCUUCAAAUCCCUCUCAGGUGUUCCCACAAAGAACCUUUACUUCACAGAGAUGUAUAUGGAUGUGAAAAAGGUUCUGCAACAUACUUUUUUUGGCCCUCCUAAGGAGGGUGUAUACAGUCCAUCCGUCCAAAGCACACUUUAUGACAUGGCAAAGACUGUUCUUGGCAGUUUGCUGAUGAUGUGUACUUGCCAACGGAUGAACCACAUGGCUCGAUCGAGGCAACUCUGAGCCGCAUUCACUCAAAGAUUUGAAUUCUGGCUUUCAUCAAAGGUCAUUGUGAGUAUGGUAAAGAGUACUUCACAACACGUUACUCUUAUCCCCUAUCCACAACAGAACAUUAUGUUAAGGACUUUGCACUUAUUUAUGACCUGUUCAUGUGGUGAAUAAAGCCGGUGUAGUCUGUAUAUAGAUUGCUUCUAUUGUGCUUGGUUCUAUUGAUUAAGUCAAACAAUCAUCAUCACCUUACUCGCAACAAUGUCGAGGUCAAUUAUACGAAAUUUAGUCUCAAUUAAUUACAGAGUAUAUA